UGCUAUAUCCUUCUUGGAUUUACAGUGUUGUUAAUAUCCUAGCUUAUUUGGUUAUCAAAAUAAGUUAAUAUUGGUUUUAAGGAUAAUGGAUCUACAGAGUUGUUAUCUCAAGGAAGGACAUAUUGCAUUUUUGUAAGCUUUAAACAAGUUAAUUCCCUAAUUAAUUAGAACAACUCUAUGUCUAUGGGACAUGCACAUGUAGGAUAUCUUCAACGAAGGGGGAAGUGAAAAAUGAACAUCAAUGUUAGAGAUAAGAAUCAGAGCUGUUAUGGCAAGGGGCAUACUGUACCGUUCCUAUCUGAUAUAAGUAAGCACCUGUUCAGUGUGAAUUGUAGAAACGUUAGAAUUGUCCCCUUUUCUUCCAUAUUAACAUCAGUUUUUACUGUUAUAAAAUGCUUGUACCUUAACUGUAGUUUUCAUGUUGGUGUGUCUUUUGUCUUUCCAUCUGUGUUGCUAAGGGAAUUUUAGCACUGUAAACAUGUUUAUAGUAUAAACAUGUGGGCUAUUCUGAGAGAAAGAAUGAUGCAGCAGUUUUUUGCUAAUCAGCAUGAUCUCUUGUCUAUGUUCAUUUUGCCUUUUCAUUAUAAAGUUCUUCUUAUUUCUGUUAGAAAUGAAUAGUAGGUUAUAUCAAAUUGAAAUGGAUUAGGCCUGGACUCUCUAUAAUUGCAUUAUCAUUACUUUGCUGUGACCUAAGGGCAUUAUUAGUUGGCCUGUGUGUAAGAAUUUCCCCAGGGUAUUACGAGUGUUUAUGAGCUUUGUGUAGCUUUGUUGUAUGAGAAAAACACUUCACAGCAUAGUGCAGCAUGGGUUUGUGUAUAGAAACUUUGAAUCCUGUUAUUAUUGUCCUUUAUACAUGCAUGCUCUUUCAUUUUAUUUCCAGGUCCUUGUUUGGGUGUUAGUGAUGUCUGCCAUCAAAGGAAAGAAGUGCACACGUAUGACCAGGAGGCUGAUUCUCUGGGUUUUAUUGACCAACAUCAUGUUGUUGCUGUACUGCCUCACGAACCCAACCCAAGUUAAGAUUAGGGACUCCCAGCAGCAAGACACAUGUCCUCUAAGUAUGGUGAAAUUAUUGACGAAAAAUGUAAGCUCACCAUCUCUCAGCACGUCAGAAGUUUGCAUCCCCAAAGUAAACAUCAUGUUCAUGAAAACCCACAAAACUGCCAGCAGCACCAUACUCAACAUCCUCUUCAGAUUUGGAGAAAAGCACAAGCUUAAAUUCGCCUUCCCUGAUGGCCGCAAUGACUUCUUCUACCCGUCACCUUUCCUCUGCUCCCAGGUGAAGGACUACAGGCCUGGAGACUGUUUCAACAUUGUUUGUAACCACAUGCGCUUUGACCAUCAGGAAGUAGCCAAGCUCCUGCCUCCAGAUGCUGUUUACAUCACCAUCUUACGUGACCCAGUGGAUCUCUUUGAAUCAUCUUUCAAUUAUUACCGCAGAGCAGUUCCUCUCACAUGGAGGAUCAAUGGAGAGAACCAACUGGUGGAGUUUUUGAACAAUCCUCAUACCUUCUACAGCCCAGAGGCUUUCAACUCAUUCUACCUCAAAAAUCUGCUCUUUUUUGACUUUGGUUUUGACAACAUCCUGGAGGGUGAUGAUCCUCGUGUGAUGAGGGAUAUUCAUAAGUUAUCAACACGUUUUGAUUUGGUUCUUGUAGCAGAAUAUUUUGAUGAGUCACUUAUCCUGCUCAAGGACACACUGUGUUGGACCAUGGAGGACAUACUGUAUUUUAAACUCAAUGCUCGCAGGAGAUCAUCUGUAUCUCGACUGACCCCAGAGUUGAGAGCCAAAGCUUUACAGUGGAACGGGGCUGACUGGAGACUCUAUCAGCACUUUAAUGCUACUUUCUGGGCAAGAGUUGAGGCGUAUGGGGGAGAAAGAAUGAAACAAGAGGUAAAAGAGCUCAGGAGAAGAAAUGCAGAGAUGAAGGCCAUUUGUAUUCAAGAUGGAGGUGCAGUGGAAGCUCAAAAUAUUCACGACAGUCGUUUCCUGCCCUGGCAGCCCGUUGGAGAGUCUUCCAUUCUUGGGUACAACGUGAAGCAAAAUAUUGAUCCACAAUUCAGGGAAAUCUGUGAAAAAAUGCUCACACCUGAAAUACAAUACUUGUCACAGCUGGGCGUAAGCCUGUGGCUGACUAGACUAUGGGGUUGGUUCAAAGAUACCGUUUUUGGAGAUUGAAUUGGACUUAAAUGUUUUACGUGUUUACUUUAGCAGCAAGCUGGAGUCCACUUUGUUAUUGUACCUGCCUUUGAAAUAACAUGAUACUUGAGAUGUAUGUAUCAGCACUAAUGUGCAAAGCUUAUUUGCUUUUAUAAUAUGUCCACUGCAAGGGCAAAUUAUUACGUUUUUGUUUAGCUCACAGGAAAAAUACCAGGAUGGGACAUAAUACAGUCAGUGCUAACUAUAAUGUUGUUUUAAAUGUGUUCUUCUCAUUCAUUGGGACAGACAUUGCUAGUGUGCCCCCUAUAGGCCUGAGUCUCAGGUGCAGUUACAUGCAAUUGAUUUGAACAGUAGUGGCCUUACCUGACCCUGACCUGUUUACAAGAUGUCUUCACUAUUGACAGGCAUUGUUUGACAUUGCAAAUUAAAAGGUGGCAGCUACCGUUUCUAUAUAAUACUUGUUCUUGUUUGGGCCAAAAUUAGCAUCCAGCUUUAAUAUGUUCCUUGUAUGGAAAUGGUCCAUACAAAUGUUACCUCUCAUUCAUGUUUUUUUUGUAUAGCCUGUUUUAAUAAAAUACAAUUUAACUGCAUAUCUCAGCCCCA